AAGUAGCUAGGAACCAAGAAAUCCAAAAGAUGAAGACGAUGCAGAGGAGUUUGUGCUGUUUGCUCUUCCUCUGGUGCGUCUGCCCGACUGAGUGCAGAGUGCUGAAGUUUGUUGUGGCGGUGUUCCGACACGGCGAUCGAUCGCCUAUCGAGUCCUAUCCUACAGAUCCACAUGGGGAGGAAGUGUGGGCCCAGGGCUUCGGACAACUGACCGAGAUGGGCAUGAAACAGCAGUUCGAGCUGGGCAGGUUCCUGCGGAGGCGUUACGGAAACUUUCUCAGUGACGAUUACAACAACAAAGAGCUGUACGUACGGAGCACCGACUACGACCGAACCCUGAUGAGCGCCCAGGCCUGCCUGGCCGGGAUGUUCCCCCCCACCAGACGUCCACCUCCCAUCAUGCCCCAGUUAAUGUGGCGGCCUGUUCCCGUGCACACCGUCCCCAGGGCGCAGGACAAGCUGUUGAAGUCUCCGGGAAAAGACUGUCCACGGUUCAGGACUCUGAUGACAGAGACCUUUGAGAGCGCGCCGUACCAGAGGUUCCUCAGGGGUCACCAGCAUUUUGUGGAAGCGUUAUCCAACCACACUGGCUACCCCGUGUCCAAACUGGUCGGCAAAAAAAUAUGGAGGGUGUACGACACCCUCACCUGUCAGAGGAUCCAUAACCUGACUCUCCCACGUUGGGCCACCCAAGACGUCCUGGACACCCUGAGGAGAAUCGCGUCCUUCGAGGUCAAGUACAGCAUCCUCAGCCACAAGCGGAAAGAGAAGGCCCGGCUCUCCGGAGGGGUCUUAUUGAACGGCAUCCUGAAGAAUUUCUCCAAGGCUGCGGAACAAGGGAGUCCUCUCAAAUUCAUUAUGUACUCGGCUCACGACUCCACACUCAUCACCCUCCAGGCAGCGCUGGACGUGUACAACGGCCUUCUCCCUCCUUACGCCGCCUGUCAGCUCUUCGAGUUCUACCAGGAGUAUGAUGGAUCCUAUUCUGUGGAGCUGUAUUACCGCAACGACUCCUGGCGUGACCCGUAUCCCAACCCCGUGCCGGGCUGCGACGGCCUGAGCCCCUGUCCUUUGUCUCUGCUCACUGAGCUGCUGAGGGAGGUGACGGCGGAAGACUGGGAGGCCGAGUGCGGCCACAGCACCAAAUGGUCGAGCGCAGGUGUUGUAACAGCUCUUGCAGUGGCGGUGGGAGUCCUGGCAGUGGCGCUAUUGUUCAGUAUAGGGGUGGCCGUCCACAGGCGCAGAGCUCACUACUCCAGGGAGGUGUAGUGCUGACUGCUGAUGUGCCAAACAUUCUCCCCCAUCUGUGGACAAAGCUCUAACGUGUUGAUAAUUCAUGGUUUAAUCUUUAUGUGUUUGACUUCUUUACUCCCUCCAAGAAUUCUUUUUUCUUUUAUUUUUUUUUUGUGAUUAAAAGAAUAAACAGCAUACAGAAAGAAUUUUUGUCAGAGAAGAAAACUGUAUU